AUGGUGCUAGCUUCACAUCGAUACGAUGAUUGUUUUAUGGAUUAUAAUGAUCGGGAUUCGAGCGGGAGUGAAGAUGAUGAUAAUGAUAUUGUACUUGAUGCAAAGUCAGUUGAAUUAGCACUUCGGAGUUUAUCUUUACCACCUGAACGUGAUCAUAUAAAUGUAUCAGAAGAAGAUUUACCUCCUUAUGCUAUUCAUUUAUUAGCAACUACGUACAACCAUGAAUAA